AUGCCUGCAGUGCGCGAGGCGCAAGGGCGGCGUGUCAGCUGCUGCUGGCAUCCCGGGGCGUCGCAAGCGAGCGUGAAAAUAGUCGCGACCGUGAACAGAGGGUGUGCGCGUGCCGACGCCAACCGGGGCGGCCGCAGCUUCUGGAUGGGGUGCUCCGGCUCCAAGGAUGCGGCGCCGUCGCCAUCUGCCUCUCUGGUGCUGAAGCCCGAGGGGAUCGGCGUGGAGGCUGCUGCUGCUGGCAACGCCAGCAUGGUCCUCGUCGCAGUCGGCACGUACACGCCAACCAUUCACCUCUUCUCUCUCGAUUCGAGAGCGGCGCUCACGCCAGUCGCCACCUCGACAGAGUUCGGCUCCAACCACGAGGCAAUCGUCCUCUCGCCUGUGUCGGGCGACACCGCCACCCUUGUGGUGGCGAACAACAACGCCGCAUCGACUGCGGCGAAUGGCAUAAGCGGCCCAGAGCACCUGCAGGGCGAGACGCACAUGCAUACUGCGCGAGUCUCUGCCGCGGGCAACGUCGAACCGUGCACCAAGCUGCUCUUGCCCGGCGAGGGGCCCAUCCACGCUUGCGUGCAUCCCUCGGGCACGGUGGCCAUCGCCAAUUACGUGGGUGGGACCAUGAAUCUGGUCGCGGACGGCACCGUGGUGAGCACAGAGAAGCUCGCCGAGCCGAACCACGGAGGAUCCGCCCACAUGGCGACGUUCGACGUGAGGGCUGGCGCCAAGGGCUUUGUCUUCGGCGUCAACGCGGGCAGUCCUCCGAGCGUAGCUGUGAUCGAGCCGAGCACUGGCAAGAUCUUACACGCGGUGGCGAUGCCGGUGCGUGUGCGACGGCUGUUUCUGCAUCCCAGCCUGCCCGUUGCGUACAUCAUCUACGAGGCGGAGGGCGACGUGGCGACGUGGACGUGGCCGCGCUCCGACGAAUGGAACGCGGACGGCACCCCUCAAAGGAUGCCCAAAGAGCUGCAGCGGUGCAAGACGUCGCCGCACGACGGCUUGAACCUGCCCACCUCGUUUUCUCUCACCGCCAAGGGUGACUUCGGCUACACCACCACCCGCACCGCCCGCGUGCCCGGCGGCGACGGCCGACCACCGGCCCCAGUGGGCGUGUUCGAGGUGGAUGCGGCUGACGGCACACUCACGCACCGCCAGUGGGUCGACAGCGGCGGGUGGAACACGCGCGACAGCGUGCUGAGCCCGGAUGACAGCGCGCUGCUGGCGGUGGACGUCCUCGGCGGCACGCUGACUGCGUUCAAACGCGACCCGACGAGCGGGAUGCUGGAGAAGAGCGCCGUGGUCAGCGCGCCCAAGGCCACGGGGAUCACCGUGUGGAAGCCGGCCUCGUAG